CACCACCACCACCAUCAGUACGCCUCAGUCGAAAGAAAUGGCAUCCACUAUAUGACUCCGAGAGAUUUCAUCUGCAAGUUUUUGGUCUAUGAUGAAGACACUAUAAUGUUGCUUGCCAACGUUGUUGAUACUACUAAUGAUGGAUUGAUAUCAUUCAAUGAAUUUCAAGCAUUUGAAGGCUGCCUAGUCCAACCCGACUCAAUAUAUGCCCUUGCAUUUAGGAUUUUUGAUAAAAAUAGUAACGGAUAUAUAUCGUUUGAUGAAUUUUUUGAUGUCCUCUGUAAAACUGAACUGCACAAGAGAAUUCCAUUUGAUUUUGACUCAUCAUUCAUACUACUGCACUUCGGCAAGGACAAGAAGAAACUCGUCUCUUACAGUGAAUUCACCAAGAUUCUGCACGAUUUCUAUGAGGAGCACGCCUUGCAAGCUUUCAUGAAGUACGACGAGAGGAUGGAGGGAUUCAUAACUGCCAACCAGUUCAACGACGUCAUGCUGUCACUGAAGAGCCAUCUACUUACCGACUAUGCCAGGGACAAUUUGUUGCAGGUGGUAUCUGGGGGCACAAAAAAACUACACUCGAAACAUAUUUCCUAUUCCUAUUUCACGGCCUUCAUCUCAUUAUUGAAUAACAUGGAGCUCAUAAAACAGAUAUACAUAUCCGGUGCUAAGAAUAACUUGGAGGCGGGGCUUACCAGAGAGGAAUUACUGCAUGAAGCACAGAAGUACACACAAGUCACCCCACUGGAGAUCGACAUUUUGUUUCAACUUAUUUCCGUUAAAAAUCAAACCGGGUUGGUUGAAUGGAUGCGAUUGGUCAGUUUGGAUGGAUUAAUUUUAUUGAAAGGGUUAAAAGUUAAUAUUGGUAAGACGAAGGUAAUGGUAAGUGGGGAAGGCAGAGGAAUUUUGAUCCAGAUAAUGGAGAGCGCAUACAGAUUCACGCUGGGUUCAGUGGCUGGAGCAACUGGUGCAACUGCAGUCUACCCGAUAGAUUUAGUGAAAACUCGUCUGCAAAACCAGAGAACGGCCUCAUAUAUCGGAGAGAGGAUGUACAAAAAUAGUUUCGACUGUUUCAAGAAAGUUCUGCGCCACGAGGGAUUUUUUGGACUUUAUAGAGGACUUCUGCCGCAGAUUGUGGGCGUGGCUCCAGAGAAAGCUAUCAAAUUAACGGUGAACGAUUUCGUUAGAGACAAGACGACAUCUGCCGACGGGAAGAUUCCUCUAUGGGGAGAAAUAAUGGCCGGUUGUUCGGCAGGUGCGUGUCAAGUCAUCUUCACCAAUCCACUUGAAAUCGUGAAAAUUCGUCUCCAGGUGGCCGGUGAAAUCGCCACCUCGCGAAAACUCGGCGCUAUAGAAGUCGUCAAAGAUCUCGGUUAUCUUGGAUUAUAUAAGGUUUUUUUGGCGGGUUUCAUAUAUUUGGGUCAUAUAUGA